GCCCGGUUUCAGAAAAAGAUGCUGAAAUGGCCAGGAAAAUGUAGGCGUGAAAUUAAGGCUUUUGAGCUGCCUCUUAAACAGGGAAACUCGUUAAAACGAGAUAGCAGAAUAUCCAUAAAAUUAUCACAAAGUCGCACACAGAGAGGCAGAACAAUUAUAGCCAAGAUGAACGCGAGCGAAGUAGCAUUAGGAAUUGUAUUGACUUCUCUUUCUGCCGCCUUAUUCACUUUUGUAUUUGCUGGUUUCUCGCUCAUCAGCUGUUGCAAGAGGUUUACUGGGUUAACAUGGCAUAUCAAAUUAAUUGCUGUGCAACCAACUUGGAUGGUGAGGUGGUUCCAGAAACGGGUCCCAAAUGUGCUGUUUAUCAAGUCUACACAAAAGCGGAUUGUAGCACUGACAAUUGAUGAUGGUCCUCACAGGGGCAUUACAGAGGAGAUUCUGGAUAUUCUGAAACAAAAUGGGUGCAGAUCAACAUUUUUUAUCAUUGGGAGUAACAUGGAUAAUUCUCCAGAACUUGUACGGAGAAUAGUAGCAGAAGGCCAUGAGGUAGGAAACCAUACCAUGCAUGAUGUGGCAAGUUGGUCACUUUCACCAGAUGUUUUUAAAAAGCAGCUUCUUGAGGUUGAUGAUAGACUGAAAAACUACUUUAUAACAGAUGCAACUCAAACACCUAUCAAGUGGUUUCGACCUGGUCAUGGAUUCUAUACAAGGAAGAUGAUACAAAUCGCCAAAGCAAGUGGAUAUAGAACAGCCCUUGGUUCAUUGUUUCCCUUAGACACAUUGUUCAGUAACAUGGGAAAACAUAUUGCUAAGUACUUGCUUUGGAGGGUUCAUCCUGGAGCCAUCAUCAUACUACAUGAUAGAGAGCCCCAGGCAAAGCAAACGGCAGAGGUUUUGAGGAUUUUACUUCCCCGACUAAAGGCUUGUGGAUACUCUGUGGUCACUUUAUCUGAAUUAGACGCAUUGCGUUAGCUACGAAAUUAUCGUGCAUAUGGAUAGCCUUAUUGGCCUAUCAACAAAACCGUUUUGAAUAUCCUGAUUUAAAUUGCUUAAAUGUAUGAGUUAAAAUGCACAUUUUCAUAUGCUAUUUGAUGUUAUUAUGUAUUUUUAUCUUACAACAAAAAAUUCUUGUGUUCUAAUUUA